GCCGGGCCGGGGCCGCCGGGAGCGGGGCCCGUUUGAACGUUCGGCCGCCGCCACCGCCUUCCUUCCCCCUGCGAGCCGCAGCCCCCCGAGGUUACUUUGUGUGCUUUCAAAAUGAGCAGUGAAGAUGAAAUAAAGGAAAACCUGGAUGCGGAAUUAGAUCGCUGUAUUGUGGCUAUGAAGCCCUAUGUCCUUAACCUGCAGUGUAGUUCAGAAAGAAAAAGGUGCUCACUAUGGAUUAAAAAACUCUGCAAACCUUCAGGAGCAGGCAUAGGAAUAGUGGGAAGGGAGAAUAGAAACUUAUAUGCAAAACUGUUGCUCCACAUGCUGCAGAGAGGAGUUCUGAAUGGUCCCUUCAGCCAAAAACCAGAGGAAGGAAUGCUGAGAACUUUGCCUGCCUACAUGUCAGUUUAUUUUGAUGAACCAAGUUCACCAAGAGUUCGGAACAGCACCUCUGACUGCGUACCUGAGUGGGUGCUGGGAGAGCUGGGAAACCAUGGCAGUAAUGCAUCCUCUGUGGGGGACUCAUCUUCAGCAGCACCUCCUGCACAUCGGGAGAGAUUGAAUGAGAAGCCAUCAGUGCUAUCCCACUGUGUGCAUUCUCCUCACCGGACAGCUGAAGAUGACCUAAGCACGUCACUGUCUGAUGAUCAACACAAAAGAAACCUUUCAUUGGAUGAUGAUGACCUCGAAGCACGACUCAGUAGUUGGAAUCUCGGGUUAGAAAACCCCAGAUACCUGCGAGAAAAACGGGUGCCAAUGACUGUGAUGACACCUAAAAUUGGCCUUGAGCAGAGCAGCCCCUCUCGGCACCACCACCAGGCACCGUUUCGAAUGCAGGAGAAAGAGCUGGAAAUGAAAAUGAAAAUAGCAGAAGGUAAAUUUCACGAAGAAAAACUGAAAUUACAACAGAAGCACGAUGCUGACGUUCAAAAGAUUUUGGAUAGAAAGAAUGAUGAAAUAGAUGUGCUGAAGUCCACCUACAUGAAGAAACAAAAAGAAUCUGAGGACAGAAUAAGAAAACUGGAGAAAAAAGUUCAGACCCUUGUUCGUGAGUCCCAGGUUGUGAGAGAAGCCAAAGAGCAGCAGAUUGUGGAGCUGAAGAAGAUGUGUGAGCAAACCAAUGAUUCCUUGAAGAAUGAGUGGGAAAAAAGGCUCCACGAUACCGUGGCUGAGAUGGAGAAGGAGAAGUUCAACAUCAGGAAGAAGCACACAGAGGAUAUGCAGGAGCUGCUGGAGGAAACCAACGCCCGGCUGGCCAAGAUGGAGGAGGAGUAUUUGCAGCAGACAAAGUCAACUAACGAGACAGUCCAAAAGCUGGGGGCCCGUGUGCAGCAGUUGACUGUUGAGGCUGAAAAUAGUAAUUUACAACGUCAGAAAUUAUCUCAAGAGAAGAAUGAGGUAGAACAGCGUUACCAGGAGGUCUGCUCCCAACUUCAGGAGCUGAAAGCAAGGUACAACUUACUUCAGAAAGACAAGGACCAGAUUAUGCAGGAAUACAAGGAGAACCUUCAGCAACUACAAAGUAAAUUUGAUGUUGAUAGAGAUUUUAUGAAGCAGGAACAAGCUCAGCAGACAUCUGAUGUGAUUGCAGAAUUACAGCAUGGAAUGGCUCUGUUGAAACAACAGUUGCAGGACUCUGAACAUCAAAGGCAGCAACAGCUGAGGGAUCAAGAAUACAAGGUUCAGCAGGACAAGCUUCACAUGCAGCAUGCAUAUGAGAAACAGAUUCAUGGCAUUCAGAAUGAUCUGGAUAAAGAAAGAGGGGAUGCUCAAAAAAAAAUUCGCCACCUGGAGCAGGCUCUGAUGGAGAAGGAGGAGCAGCUGAGGCGGGUGACGGAGGUACAGAGGCUGCAGGCCCAGCAGGCAGGCGCUGCCCUGGAGGAGUUUAAGCGGCAGGUGGAGCUGAACUCAGAGAAAGACUGUGCUGAAAUGAAACAGCGGAUAGGAGAGGUUGAAGCAGAUCUGAGCAGAUCAAAAUUGCUCCGGGAAAAGCAAGCCCAAGAAUUCUCCAGGCAGUUGGAUGAGAUCAAGAAAAGAUAUGAACAACAGAUAGUGGAGCUGAAGCUGGAGCAUGAACAGGAGAAGACGCACCUAUUCCAGCAGCACAACGCAGUGCAGGACUGCCUGGUCCGAGACCAUCAACGGGAGAUGGAGAAACUGGAGAAGCAGCUUCGCGGUGCCAUGGCAGAACACGAGAGCCAAACUCACGAGAGCAGGAAACGAGACGGCCAGGUGAUCUCUAGUCUGGAGAACCAAAUCUGCAAGCUGAGGGAAGAGCUGAUCCAGGCGAACGCUCUGCGGAACCAUCAGCUGCUGGACCUGAGCCUCCAGAGGGACGAGGAGAAGCUGAAGGCAGCUCGAGACAAGGAGGCAGCACUGAACAGUCUGAAGAUGGAGAUGGAAAAAGUGAUAUCAGACCUGAAAAGGAAGCACACGGCAGAGACAGAGGCAGCCUUGAACAAGGCCAACGGCCGGCUGAAGCAGACGGAGGAACACUUCAGCCAGAAAGUGGCCAAGUCCUCGCAGGAGAUAGCUGAACUGAAGAAAACCAUUUCCUCCCUGACAGAGGAGAACAGCCGGCAGCAGCUUGCUGCAGAGCAGAGGCUCCAGGAAGUUGCACAGAAGUUGGAAGAUGAGAAGCAGCAGCUGAUGGCAGAUAAUGCCAGAGCAAUCAAGGCCUUGCAGGACGAGGUGGAGAAUUACUGUGGGCAGCUUUAUGAUGCUCAGAGAAGGCUCCAGCGCCACGAGCUGAAGGCCCAGGAGCAGUUGAUUACUAUGCGAGAAGAGUAUGAAAAAAUACUCAAAGGGUUGAUGCCAGCAUCUUCCAAAAAGGAACUUGAAGACACCAUUUCAUCUUUAAAAUCUCAGGUAAGUUUUCUGCAGAAAAGAGUCCUCCAGGAAGACCUGAACACCUACCACGCCAAAAAGUACGGGAUUAUCUUUGAUCAAUUUAUACCAUUUCACACCUAUGGGUCCCAGAUCUUGAAGUUUUACCACGUAACUGAUGGAGCAGUGGGAUCUCUGUGA